GCUCCCUCCCACGCCGCACACCGGCACACGCGAACCAACUCCCCUCUCCGGCUCUCUCCCCUUCCAUUCAACGCUACUCCACGCGCGUCGCUACCGCCAUGGUGGCCAUGAUUGCGGAGCAAGCAUCCAAAGGAGGAGCCGAAGAAGCCGCCGUCGCCAUCUCCCCCGUGGACGCGGCCGCCCCAGCGGGCCAAGCCGUGCCGGGCUCAGCCCAGAGCGACGGCGAUGGUUCCGGCUCCGCCGCGACGCCACCGCCGCAGCCGUCUGGUAAUUACGCGGCCGUCGUCAUCGGCGGCACCUUCGACCGGCUGCACCGCGGCCACCACCUCUUCCUCCAGGCGGCGGCGGAGCUGGCGAGGGAGCGGAUCGUGAUCGGCGUCUGCGACGGCCCGAUGCUUGCCAAGAAAAAGUAUGCCUACCUUAUACAACCAAUCGAGAUGCGAAUGGAAAAUGUCAAGGGUUAUAUCAAGUCCAUCAAGCCUGAUCUCGAGGUUCAUGUCGAGCCAAUCAUCGACCCUUAUGGCCCCUCCAUUGUUGAUGAAGCUUUGGAGGCAAUCCUCGUCAGCAAGGAGACACUGCCAGGAGGGCAUGCUGUCAACAGGAAGAGGGCAGAGAGAGGACUCACACAACUGAAGAUUGAAGUGGUGGAACUAGUGCCAGAAACAUCAACAGGAAACAAGAUCAGCUCUACAGCAUUCAGAAAGAUGGAAGCUGACAAGGAACUGGAGGAGCAAAAGCUGAAUCAGCAGGAGCAACAACAAACGGUUCAGUUGGAGUGCAAAACAGUCUUAAGCUGAAGAACAACGUAUUGCAAGUUGUGUGCUAUACAGUCUGCUUUACAUACAAGUAUAUAAAAAAGCACAGAAAAAGGGAACUGCUCCGAGACUCAUGUAACACUUGUUUCCAAGUAUAAACUACAGAAGUAUUACAGAAAAAAAAUCUAAGUUGAACUGCA